AUGGCGUCGUUGUCUUAUCGUGACGAUAGCCGUCAAGGUGCUGGCAGUCUAAGUGACGACGAUGAUAAGCCACUGCCUCUCGAUUUCGCCCACCACUACUCUGACACCACCAAAAGCCGGAAUGCCAGUAAGAUCAAGGCAAUCUACAAGUUCUUUCAGAUACCUGGCAUUCUGAACAUUGCUGGUGGUCUCCCCAAUGCCCAGUUCUUCCCCUACGACACCUUGGAGGCACAGGCAGCCAAACCUGAGAGAUGGUCUCCUUCCUCCGGGUCAUCAAACCCUUCAGCACCUAACCACAUCACCAUCCCCCAUGAUGAUUCCACUCAGAAGGACCUCCUCCAAAAGAUCGACCUAGCCACCGCCCUGCAGUACGGCAUGGCCCAAGGCUACCCCCCCCUCCUCGGCUGGAUCAGACAGUUCACCCGCGACCACCUCCACCCCGGCGUCCCCUACAAAGGUGGCCCCGAAGUAGUCCUCACCUGCGGCUCAACUGACGGGUUUGCCAAAGCCCUCAACCUCUUCGUCACCCCCUGGAGAACCACCGACCCCAUCUCAUCCCGUCCCGGCCUUCUCUGCGAAACCUACGUCUACACCAACAUCACCAACCAAGCCACCCCCCUCGGCGUCCAAAUGGUGCCCGUCAAAACCGACGAAUCCGGGAUGGCAGUCUCUGGUCCGGGGGGUUUAGAAGACGUCCUCGCAAACUGGGACAGCAGCAAGGGGAAACGCCCUCACUUGAUGUAUACCGUCACCCUAGGCCACAACCCAACCGGUAUCCUCCUCUCGGUCGAGCGCAAGAAGGAAAUCUACGCCAUCUGCAGCAAAUAUGACGUGAUAAUCAUCGAAGAUGAGCCCUACUGGUACCUCCAAUUCCCCGAAGCGAGCUCUCUCGAGGCCGAAUCCCGUGGCCUGCCUCCCCCUCCUCGCUCCUCCCUUUCCACAGUCACCACUCCAUCCUCCGGCUUCCCCUUCCUCGACUCCCUAACCCCAUCCUUCACCCCCCUCGACACCGACGGCCGUGUCGUCCGCCUAGACACCUUCUCAAAAACAGUAGCCCCAGGCUGCCGUCUGGGCUGGAUAACCGCCCAACCUGCCCUCAUCGAGCGAUUCGAACGAAUAACCGAAGCGACAACCCAACAACCCUCCGGCUUCGUCCAAGCUCUAAUCUCCAAACUGUUGAUCUCCCCCUCUCCCACCCCCUCCCCCACCCCAUCCUUCUCCCUCUUCUCCCACCGCCCCCCCCCCUCCCAACCGUCAGGCUGGCAACCGUCCGGCUUCGUAACCUGGCUCUCCGGCCUCCGCACCCGCUACCAGACCCGCAUGGCAAGAAUGUGCACCAUCCUCGACUCCGGCUCCGUCCUCAUCACCACCCCCCCAACCCGCUCCCACUCAUGGGCUGUGGUGAAGAAGGUAAAGUUAUACGACUUUUCGUGGCCGAGAGCGGGCAUGUUCAUCUGGUUGAGGAUGCACUUCUUUUCACAUCCUUUGUUCCCCGUUUUCAAGUCUGCCUUGUCAACCGCGUUGAUGGUCUGGCUUACGGGGGGGGACUACAAGGUCUUGGUCACGACGGGGGCAAUCUUCGCUGCGAAUGACGAGAUCAAGGAGAGGGAAGGGUGGGAGUACUUCAGGCUUUGUUUUGCUGCCGAGGAGGAGGAGAAUGUCGAGUUGGCUGCCGAGAGGUUUGUGGAGGGGGUGAAGGCGUUUUGGGAGGUGAGGGAUCAUGAGGUUAUCAAGAAGCUGCUGGAGGAGGUGAAGAGUGACGACGAGGUGGUCGGGGAGCAAGAGGGGUUGGUGAAUCUGGCUGGGUUCAUGGGGUGUUAA